ACCCUUAUGCCCCAUCCCUGUGACUGCGCCAUUCUAUCAAGUUGGUGUCGACUUUGUUGACCCACUCCCAAGAACCCCAAGACAAAAACUUUAUGGCCGAGAAGCCCAUCAACCAAUACACCCAAUCAGAGCUGACUCACUUUUGAAAGGAACAAUAUUGCAAAGGACCUACAAAUUGAUUGACCAUCUCCCAUGCUUUAGAGAUAAGGCUAUGCAGAACAUACAACAAACCCAGGCCCAACAGAAAGCCUAUCAUGAUACUCACUACAAAUUGACCCCUGGGUUCGAUAUUGGUGAAAAGGUGCUGUUGUAUAAGGCCACGAAGGAACUGUCUAAAAGUGGCAAAUUCGAGCCAAAGUGGUAUGGCCUGUUCUAUAUUCAUGACCGACUUCCAAAUAAUGCUUACAAAUUGCGCACCAUAAAUGGAAAAUCGCUCUUGUAUCCAUUCCUGAACUUUGUCAAAAUAAGCGUUAAUCUAGUGGAAGUAUGA